GUUAUCAGUUUAGCAGCUACCAGUGUAAAACUUCGGGUACGUCUUUUCUAUAUUUUAUUGCAAAUGUUCUCGUCAUUCAUGUUGUGAGGGCAUCUUGAUAGCACGGGAGCGCCACGCGCAAACUGGGACUUCAUUGCAUUUUUUUUUAAAUGUUCUUGAUCAUUAUCAUCACUGGUAUGAUUAGUAGCAUCUCGCAUUUUGUUUUGGGUUUCUGGCGAGAAGUGACAAGAACCUAAACCCCUCCCCGGAAGGCGGAGCGUGCAUUUGUGUCGAUUUUUUGUGUCUUAUUUUUUUUGUGCUCAGCUUCAGCUCUGAGCCGUCCACACAGAGAAUAGGAUUGGCACGUUGUCAAUCGCUCACUACCGCUGCCAUCAACCAGCAUUAAGCACACACAGCCCAAGCGCUUGCCUCAUAAAUUUUAGCAAACAACUUUUUUUGUGCAUCGCUUUAUUACGCGUAAUUAUUUUUCUGGAGUUUCCCUGUUUUCUACCCACUCGUCACAACAUCAGUAUCAACAACAACAAAAACAACCAACAACAACAAACAAACAAACAAAAAACCUUUUUGAAUUUGUAUGUUUUAAUAUUAUUGUUUUUUAUUUUACUUGGCACAUUUUAGGCUAGCCUACAAUUAUUGGUGCCUGUACUAAUAAUUUAUUUUAAUUUUAGAAGGUAUUUUGGAAAAUACGUCAAAAGGCAGCAUUUUGGACUAUUCUUCCUAAUUUUUCUAUGUAUAGCCUAUAUUUUGGAUUGUAGGUUCAGUUGACUAUUUAACCCAUUUGCUUACCGUCAGACUAAAUUAUAUAUUUUUGUUGUUUCUCUAUCUUUGUCUCUCUUUUUGCAUUUGAGAGUUGUGCGGUCUGAGCAGGUUUUCAAGAAGUUAACAAGAGAUUAUGUGAAGUAGACUGCUAAAAAAUUAAGUAAUCUCCAAGGAGCUUCAAGAGAAAAGACAAAGUCAAUUUGGCAUGCAGGUUCGGACUGUAUUCCACGAUCAACCAUUGUCACCCGAAUCCUGAAGUUUAAAUAAUAACGACGAAAUACCACCACUGACUUUUUACCUAACGGAACUAUUCGUCGCGGGAUUGUACACGGUGAAAAUUUUUUAUUAAUUUUUUUUUUUUUUUGCGGGAACCUCUUGGACUAGCAAUUCUGCUGUAUUGCUGACGGCAAUUCAUGCCGUUUACCUUUCCGCGAAAUUGUUUUGCCCUGCACAUUUCAGAGACGAUAUUACCCCGCAAAACGCUGCUCAUGCUGUAGUCAAGUUGCUUUUUUUGUGCAUGUGCUCAUUCCCUUCUCCAGAAGCCCAUUGAUUGUGCUGCGGCGACGAGCUGAUGGACGAGCAAGCCCGAAUCAUGCAGACUCUCGGCGGUGUCACUCUGGCUGGCCACACGGUACAGGGGGGCAUGGCAGUUCCGCCUCCACAUGGACACGAUGGCUCCGACGGGGACGGAAGGAAGCAAGACAUCGGCGACAUUCUCCAUCAAAUCAUGACCAUAACAGACCAAAGUCUGGACGAAGCACAGGCAAAAAAGCAUGGUCUGAACUGCCACAGAAUGAAGCCUGCCCUCUUCAGUGUGCUCUGCGAGAUCAAGGAGAAAACAGGUCUGAGUAUUCGAGGGGCACAGGAGGAGGACCCUCCUGAUCCUCAGCUCAUGCGUCUGGACAAUAUGCUGCUGGCAGAGGGGGUGGCUGGCCCAGAGAAAGGUGGUGGAUCAGCCGCUGUGGCAGCAGCUGCAACGGCAUCGGGAAGCCCUACUGACAACUCCAUUGAACACUCAGACUACCGGGCCAAACUCUCACAGAUCAGACAAAUCUACCAUACAGAACUGGAGAAAUACGAACAGGCAUGUAACGAAUUCACAACCCAUGUGAUGAACCUGUUACGGGAGCAGUCACGUACACGGCCCAUCUCACCGAAAGAGAUUGAGCGUAUGGUCAGCAUCAUCCAUCGCAAGUUCAGUUCCAUCCAGAUGCAGCUCAAACAAAGCACCUGUGAAGCUGUCAUGAUCCUGAGGUCUCGCUUCCUUGAUGCCAGACGAAAAAGACGUAAUUUCAGCAAGCAGGCAACAGAGAUCUUGAAUGAGUACUUCUACUCCCACCUCAGCAACCCCUACCCCAGUGAAGAAGCCAAAGAAGAACUGGCUAAAAAGUGCAGCAUUACAGUAUCCCAGGGGGUGGGAAGCACCAUCACAGUGGCACAGGUAUCUAACUGGUUUGGCAACAAGAGGAUACGUUACAAGAAGAACAUCGGCAAGUUCCAAGAGGAGGCCAAUCUGUAUGCUGCCAAAACUGCUGUGAACGCAGCACAUGCUGUGGCUGCUGCCGUGCAGAACAGUCAGACCAACUCCCCCACUACACCCAAUUCUGGAUUCCAGAUGAAAGAUGAAGAAUUUCAGCUGGAUUCGGCAGAGAACAAAAACACUCUUUUAACCAGCAUGUUUACUGGUUCGUCAAGUUCUUUUAACCUCCCAAACUCGGGGAACAUGUUCAUGAGCAUGCAGAAUCCGAAUGGGGAUUCUUACCAAGGGGCACAAGUCGGAGCCAAUGUGCAGUCACAGGUGGAUACCCUGCGACAUGUUAUCAGUCAGACAGCAGGAUACAGUGAUGAUCUGGGGGGCAACUCCAUGUACAGUCCACAUAGCUUGGAUGCUAAUGGGGGAUGGCAAGAUGCUAUGACCCCAUCCUCUGCAAUCUCCCCUACUGAAGGCCCCGGUAGUGUGCACUCUGAUACCUCGAACUGAUCUCUGCAUUGACACACUGACCAAUCGGAGACUGAUCAUUCAGAGACAUCACAAACUGCCAUCUUCACAAAUACAUUCAGCAGAACAUUUGAACGUUUUGAUGUCUCUUAGGAAUUGAAUUUUCUGGUCUCAGCAGACAAUGUCUCCAUUAUUUUACGAAUAUUUACUAUUACAUUCUCAGAUUUUUUUUGUUAAUUACACAGUAUAUUUUGUAUUAUUUUCUGUGAAUGUGCAAAUUGAUAUGUUUCAUAUCUCAUUUACAUUCGCAAGUACACAUUUAGACAUUUAGAACAUAAAACCUGAUAGCAAAUUUAACCCAUUUAAUUUAGAUAUUUUUUGGAUGGCGGUUUUGGGAAUUUUAAAGAUGAUAUGCAUUUCAUUAUUUUCCCUUUUCUUUUAUAACCACACUAAAUUAGAAGAUGAACUUGAUGAUUUGGAGAAUAAAUUAAAAUUGUGGAAAUUUUGGGAGAAAAAAAUAUUCCAUCAGUGAAAUGAGUUUCACAUGCUAUCCGAUAUACCUUACAAUUUAGGCAGUAUGUAUAAGAACUCUAUUUUGGCAUGUCUCCAUUCAGAGACAUAAUGAAAAACAUUCUUGUAUAUAAUAAAUCUUAAGAGUAUUUAUACAUUUCACAAAUCAAUACAUGGCUCCAUUAACUCAUACUAAUAGAAUUGAUAGAAUUCCAACAUUACUACAUUUCUCUAGCUUAGAGCUCGCUCACUGACUACCUCUCAAAAAUCUCAUCACCAUUUUAGUUGUUCCAUAUUGUAAUUUUUUUAUGUAAGGUUAUGUGGGUGCAUUUUGAAUAAACCCCUCUCAUGUAAUGUAAUGCAUAUUUUAAUCUUCAAAGAAAAUGAGUUGCUUUAUUGCGACUUACAAAAAAAUGACAAUAAUACCAUAGAGAGUGAGAGAAUUUUGGGGGAGGGUGUGGUUUAAGAACAUUGGAAUGGAAAUUUACACUGUUAAACUGCUGUAAGUAGUGAAACAUUUUAAAUGUUACUCAUCCUGUUACUAAUUCACUAAAAUAAGAAAACAAAUAAAUAAAUAAGAUAAAAAAUAUUGUAGUGCAUAAAUGGUCCAGUAUUCAAAACUGUGCAUUUCAGGCCCUGUUUGACAGGUCCCCAACUUCCUUUCUCUCUUUUUUUUUGCAUUGUAUGUGAUUUCUGAAACUGAUUUAAAAAGAUCAUGAACAUUUAUUUGUGGCAGUGAUUCUAAUGUAUUACUGAUGUUUUGCAUUUCUUUCUAACCAGACUACACCUUGGACUGAACAGUCUUCCUUGUGGUAGUUAUGUGUAAUUCCAAACAUGAAUAAACACCUUUUCCUUUCAUGGUGGAACACUUUGACUUUUGGUUUUGUUUUUUUUGUUUGUUUGUUUGUUUUUUGAAGCAAUGUAUACUUAAGAUCAGUUGUAGAGUGAGGGGAAAUAAGUAUUUGGACACUUUUGAUUUUGUUAUUUAAUAUACUUCCAGUGCAUACUAUCUCCAUAUUUACAUGUCUUUUGUCAUGUCUUUUGAUGUUGUACUCAUAAAUAUGAACAAAAAGUGUGUAUUCAUAAGCAUAAACAAAGAAAAAACCUAAUUGAUAAGAAUAAAGUAUUCAGACACCAUAAAUUAACAACAUAAGUACUUACAGUCAUGGGAAAAGAAAGUACAUCCUCCUUCAAUUCUAUGUUUUUAUUUAUCAGUGACAAAAUAACAGUUGGAUGGUCCUCACCAACUUCUAUAAACAAGCAAAUAACCCCAGGUGACACAAAAAACAAACAAACAAGCAAAAAAAACCCAUUAUGAACA